UAGAAGUUUAAAUAGCCUCCAAACUAUUUCCACUUCGUUCCUUUCUCUUUCAUCUCAUUCCUCUUCACAAUUUCAUCACAACCAUUUCUCUGUUCGAUUCAUCUCUGUUCUCGCAGGUGUUCUAAACCCUAGAAGAAUAUCUUCCCAGGGUUUAGAUUCAUCACCGCUUCAUCAAUUCUCGUUUUCCGUUUUGAUCGAAGCUUUUUGAUUUUGAUUUUGAUUUUGAUUUUGAUCGAGUUUUUUGUGAUUUUGGCGCUAUGGAUCUUCCUAGUCUCGCUGUUAUACUCCAGGCUGCUCUCAGUCCUAAUCCGGAGGAACGGAAAGCUGCUGAACAGAACUUGAAUCAGUUCCAGUAUGCACCUCAGCAUUUGGUGAGGUUGUUGCAAAUCAUUGUAGACAACAACUGUGACAUGGGUGUGCGACAAAAUGCUAGUAUUCAUUUCAAGAAUUUUAUUGCGAAGAACUGGUCUCCUGAUUCUGAUACCCAGCAAAAGAUAUUGCAGAGUGAUAAAGACUUGGUGAGGGAUCACAUUCUCAUGUUUGUAACUCAAGUUCCUCCUUUGUUGAGGGUACAACUUGGUGAAUGCCUGAAAACAAUUAUACACGCUGAUUACCCCGAACAGUGGCCUCGUCUUCUCGAUUGGGUGAAGCAUAACCUACAGGAUCAACAAGUCUAUGGUGCCUUAUUUGUGCUACGGAUUCUGUCUAGAAAAUAUGAGUUCAAGUCAGAUGAGGAGAGGACACCAGUUUAUCGCAUUGUCGAUGAAACAUUUCCUCACCUUCUUAAUAUAUUUAACAGGCUUAUCCAGAUUGUUAAUCCAUCACUGGAAAUAGCAGAUUUAAUCAAGCUUAUCUGUAAAAUAUUCUGGUCCUCGAUAUAUUUGGAGAUUCCAAAACUGUUGUUUGAUCAAAAUAUCUUCAAUGCUUGGAUGAUACUUUUUCUGAAUGUAUUGGAGAGACCUGUGCCUUCUGAAGGUGAGCCUGUUGAUCCUGAUCUUAGAAAGUCAUGGGGUUGGUGGAAGGUCAAGAAAUGGACAGUUCAUAUUCUAAAUAGGCUCUACACUCGUUUUGGAGACCUGAAGCUACAAAAUCCUGAAACCAGAGCUUUCGCUCAAAUGUUCCAGAAGCACUAUGCAGGGAAGAUUUUGGAAUGCCACUUGAACCUGUUAAAUGUCAUUCGUGUAGGGGGUUAUUUACCUGACAGAGUUAUCAAUUUGAUUCUUCAAUAUCUAAGCAACAGUAUUUCAAGGAAUAGCAUGUAUGCUUUGCUGCAACCUCGCCUUGAUGUCCUACUAUUUGAAAUAGUAUUCCCCCUUAUGUGCUUUAGUGACAAUGAUCAAAAGCUUUGGGAAGAAGAUCCACAUGAAUAUGUAAGGAAAGGCUAUGAUAUAAUUGAAGAUUUGUAUAGUCCUAGGACUGCUUCCAUGGAUUUUGUGAGCGAGUUGGUUAGGAAACGUGGAAAAGAAAAUCUUCACAAGUUUAUUCAAUUCAUAGUUGAGAUUUUCAGAAGGUAUGAUGAAGCCGCUAUAGAAUUCAAGCCAUAUAGACAGAAAGAUGGUGCACUUCUUGCUAUUGGGGCACUUUGUGACAAAUUGAAGCAGACUGAGCCUUAUAAAUCUGAACUGGAGCGCAUGUUAGUGCAACAUGUCUUUCCUGAGUUCAACAGUCCUGUUGGCCACCUUAGAGCUAAGGCAGCAUGGGUUGCAGGUCAGUAUGCCCAUAUUACCUUCUCAGAUCAGAACAAUUUCCGGAAGGCAUUGCAGUGUGUUGUAUCCAGAAUGCAAGAUUCUGAACUUCCUGUGCGCGUUGAUUCUGUUUUUGCCUUGCGCUCUUUCAUCGAAGCAUGCAAAGAUCUGAAUGAAAUCCGUCCUAUUCUUCCUCAACUUCUUGAUGAGUUUUUCAAACUUAUGAAUGAGGUUGAGAAUGAAGACCUUGUAUUCACUUUGGAGACUAUUGUGGACAAGUUUGGAGAAGAGAUGGCACCUUAUGCACUAGGACUAUGUCAAAAUUUGGCUGCUGCAUUUUGGAGGUGUAUGAACUCUGCAGAAGCUGAUGAUGAAGCCGAUGAUCCAGGCGCUCUGGCCGCAGUGGGUUGCUUACGUGCUAUUAGCACAAUCCUUGAAUCAGUGAGCAGGCUUCCUCACCUUUUUGUGCAAGUUGAGCCAACUUUGCUUCCUAUAAUGCAAAGAAUGUUAACAACAGAUGGUCAAGAGGUUUUCGAAGAAGUUUUGGAGAUUGUAUCAUAUAUGACAUUUUUCUCUCCAACAAUAUCUUUGGAGAUGUGGACUCUUUGGCCAGUGAUGAUGGAAGCGCUGGCAGAUUGGGCAAUUGAUUUCUUUCCAAAUAUUUUAGUUCCUUUGGACAACUAUAUUUCAAGAGGAACUGCUCAUUUCCUUACUUGCAAAGAUCCUGACUAUCAACAAAGUCUAUGGAACAUGGUUUCAUCUAUUAUGGCGGAUAAAAAUAUGGAGGAUAACGAUAUUGUGCCAGCUCCAAAGCUUAUUGAAGUUGUCUUCCAGAAUUGUAGAGGACAGGUGGAUCACUGGGUGGAGCCAUAUCUCAGAAUUACGGUUGAGCGGUUGAACCGGACUGAAAAGUCAUAUUUGAAAUGUCUUUUCAUGCAAUUGAUUGCAGAUGCUCUUUACUACAAUGCAGCACUGACUCUUGGCAUAUUGCAAAAGUUGGGCGUCGCCUCUGAAUUCUUCCACCUUUGGUUUCAUUUGUUGGGACAAGUCAAAAAGAGUGGUUUGCGUGCUAAUUUCAAAAGGGAACACGAGAAGAAAGUGUGCUGCCUUGGUUUAAUUUCAUUGCUGGCACUUCCGGCUGAUCAAUUGCCCGGGGAGGCUUUGGGUCGAGUAUUUCGGGCCACGCUUGAUCUUCUAAUUGCUUACAAGGAUCAAGUUGCAGAAGCUGCAAAGGAGGAAGAAGCUGAAGACGAUGAUGAUAUGGAUGGCUUUCAAACUGAUGACGAAGAUGAAGAUGGCAAUGGUUUUGAUAAGGAAAUGGGUGUUGAUGGUGAAGAUGUGGAUGACGCUGAUAAUAUCACACUUAGAAAGUUGGCUGAACAGGCAAAGUCAUUCCGGCCCGCUGAUGACGAUGAUGACGAUUCAGACGACGAUUACAGUGACGAUGAGGAGUUGCAGUCCCCAAUUGAUGAGGUGGAUCCUUUUAUUUUCUUUGUGGAUACGAUGAAAGUUAUACAAUUAUCAGACCCAUUGAGGUUUGAGACUCUCACCCAGUCACUCGAGUUCAAUUAUCAAGCUCUUGCUAAUGGUGUUGCCCAGCAUGCCGAGCAAAGAAGGGUAGAAAUUGAAAAGGAAAAACUAGAGAAGGCCUCAGCUGCCCCAGCAGCUUCUUAAGCUUCUGGGCCUACAUUAAUACUAUUACCGUUUUUCAAAGUUCUCAGCUGUUAGCCAUUCUUUAGGAGUCUCGGCGUGUUGCCAAUUUAUUUGAGGCGUUGGUUGGCUUUGAUCAGGAGUCAGUUUUUGAAGAGUUUGCAGUUUUGAAGUUAUCGGAGCUUUAUGCACUGAAGUUAUCGAUUGGCACUUUCUCCAGCUUUUGAUUCCAAGCUUGGGGAUAUCCUUUGGAAGAAAGUGCUCUCUCCUAUCUUGUACCAGUCUAUUCUAUUUCGAUGAUACGGUUCUGUAAUAUUUAUUGCCUGUCACAUAGACGGGUGGGUAUUAGGGUCGCCAUUUGCUUUAUUGGUAUUUUUUGACGAGGGAUGGUAUAAAAAGUUUUGUUUUUUAAAUCAUGUGUCAUAAUUUUUGGGUCGCGAAUAUUGAUGAAGGCAUCAAAUUCAGGUUAUACAAAGGUUUUCAAGGGUGAUUUAUUUGUUACUGCAGGUUGUAAAAGUUAAUCUUCAUUCUUUAUAAAUUAUUGGGGGAAAGAAAUCAA